CAAAGGUGCGGACUCGGGCUGCAAAACAGUGGCGGCUCCGGUGCAGGUCGUAGCCCCCGUCCAGACAUCGGAUCCGGCCAUGGCGCCGGGGAGGGCUCCGGCCAUGGAGCUGGGUUGGAUGCCGUGCCUGGACUGGGCACCGAAGCAGAGGAAGGCUCCUGCCAUGGAGCUGGACUGGACGCCGUGCCUGGACUGGGCACCGGGGAAGGCUCCUGCCCUGGAGCGGGACUGCACGCCGUGCCUGGACUGGGCACCGACGCAGAGGAAGGCUCCUGCCAUGGAGCGGGGCUGGACGCCGUGCCUGGACUGGGCACUGCCGCAGAGGAAUGCUCUGGCCUUGGCACCGGCGCAGGAAGCUCCGGGCCGUUGACCGUCGCUGGAAGCUCCGGGCCGUUGCCCGCGCUGGAAGCUCCUGGCCGUUGACCGUCGCUGGAAGCUCCUGGCCGUUGACCGUCGCUGGACGCUCCGGGCCGUUGACCGUCGCUGGAAGCUCUGGACUGUGAACCGUCGCUGGAGUCUUAGUGAGUGGAGCUGGUACAGGUGGCACCGGACUGUUGACACGCACUUCAGGGCGAGUGCGGGGAGCUGGCACAGGAUGUACCGGACUUGGGAGGCGCACUGGAGGCCUGGUGAGUGGAGCCGGCACAGGUGGCACCGGACUGGUGACACGCACUUCAGGGUGAGUGUGGGGAGCUAGCACAGGACGUACCGGACUGGGGAGGCGCACUGGAAGCCUGGUGCGUGGAGCCGGCACAGGUGGCACGCACUUCAGGGCGAGUGCGGGGUGCUGGCACAGGAUGUACCGGACUUGGGAGGCGCACUGGAGGCCUGGUGAGUGGAGCCGGCACAGGUGGCACCGGACUGGUGACACGCACUUCAGGGCGAGUGCGGGGUGCUGGCACAAGACGUACCGGACUGGGGAGGCGCACUCGAGGCCUGGUGCGUGGAGCCGGUACAGGUGGCACCGGACUGUUGACACGCACUUCAGAAAGGUGCUGAGAGCUGGCACAGGACUCACCAGACUGCUGACAGGCUCUUCAGGUCAGAUGCUGUGCAGAACACACCUACAUAACAUUUCUCUCUCUUCUCUCUCUCCCAACUUCUCCAUCGCCUCCCUGAUGGUAUCUGGCUUAAUUACAUUUUCAUCACUUAUAGCUUACAUGGAAAAAGUAACCAUUAUUGACACUGGAAGGCUGCUGUGCCUGAUCCCAUGUUCAGUGCAUUUGGAAAGUAUUCAAACCCUCUUUCCACAUUUUGUUACGUUACAGCCUUAUUCUAAAAAUAAUUAAAUUGAGGGAAAAAACUAUCUACACACAAUAUCCCAUAAUGACAAAGCAAAAACAAGUUUAACAUUUUUUUUUGCAAAUGUAAAAUUACAAAACUUAAAUAACAUUUACACAAGUAUUCAGACCCUUUACUCAGUACUUUGUUGAAGCAACUUUGGCAGCGAUUACAGCCUCGAGUCUUCUUGGGUAUCACGCUACAAGCUUGGCACACCUGUAUUUGGGGAGUUUUUCCCAUUCUUCCCUGCAGACCCUCUCAAGCUCUGUCAGGUUGGAUGGGGAGCGUUGCUGCACAGCUAUUUUCAGUUCUCUCUAGAGAUGUUCAAAUGGGUUCAAGUCCAGACUGGCUGGGCCACUCAGGACAUUCAGAAACUUGUCAUGAAUCCACUCCUUCGUUGUCUUGUCUGUGUCCUUAGGGUUGUUGUCCUGUUGGAAGGUGAAUCUUGUGGUGGAAAAUUCUAAUCAAGUGGGAGAGUUUGUUUGAAGAAAUGGCAAUCAUUCUUUGAACAACGUCGCAACGCUCCACUUCUGCUCAACUUCCUAUCCGAUCUCGUCCUGUCCGCUUGUUUGUAGCCAUACUAGCCUUCAUAAACAUGGGUUAUGCCUAGUCCUAGACUAAGCAAUGCCUCUUAAUGCAGAUCUCCAUUGACAGAAACUUCGUAGUCUAAGACUAGGCUUCAUCUCUGACUGUGUAACCCGCAUAUAGUGUGUCACAAACAGCUGACUUUUCACACUACACUCACUGUGUGGUUUCCCAUUUUUCCUCAUAGACCUGUAGCAGGAAGCCCUUACGCUGACCUCUCCUGUCACUUUGUCCCUGUUCGAAAUGUUUGGAAUAAAAAGAAUGAGCAAUCAUAAUGUUAGCUAGCUACUGUAAAAGGCAUGUCUUAAACUACGUUACAGCUUUCAAUAAACGUCCUUGUCUGGUCUGAUAUGCAACUUGGCUAUACUUAAGUUACCUUCGUAGUUGAAAAGGUAACUGGAGACAAAGUUUGAAUCCUUUUUCCAACUUGGAGGUCGGUGCUUUGCUACUUGUCUUGGCCAGACGAUGUACAUCCGUCACUGUUAUCUUUGGCAGCUCUUGCAAGCGCCUUGAGUAAAACAGUGCCAUGGUUGGUAAGGUAGGGGAGCGUUGGGUAAUUGCUAGCCACCUUACUAGUUAGCUAAGUUAGCUAUUAACGCGCUAAGAGGCAAAAGAAGAUACAGAACACAAUAAUCGAAUUACAAAAAUCACUAACUGAACGGAUAUGCAGAAUUUUCAACAAGAAUGAUUAAAAAACACUAUAGAAAUAUGAUUAUAUUAAUACACUGAGAUAAUGAUGAAACGAGCGACUUCGAGGCUAGUAUGGCUACAAAUAGGCUGACAGGACGCGAUCGGGUAGGAAGUUGAGCGGAAGUGGACGUUGCGCAAAAGAUCUGAAUACGAAAACGGUGUGGAUCAUUCAUACAAAGAGAAGUGACUAUAUAUGUUAUGCCAGACUGUAUAUACAGAGGUCUCUGAGUCAGGGACCGGCAGUUGCUCCAUGGACCAUCUCGGCUUGUUACUUUGUAGUUAAGUCUGUACUGAACUCACAAGCUCCGGUAUCUGAGAUAUUAUUGAACCAAUAUUUGUUCGACACAACGCGUCCAUGCACGAUGAUGUAUACAGAAAUGGUUUAAUUCUGAAAUACCACAAGGCAGUAGGUGAAACUGAGGAGACCAGGAGAAUGCAGACCUAUACCUGGCCCCAAAGUGGACUGGAUCGAUCCGUCGCUGGACAAUCCUCAAGUCCCCAAGUUACCAGUGGUCAGAUGAGUGACAUUCCAAGCACCUAUUCUCGUCAAUAUGGGCCAGUCAGACCAGCUGUCCUGUAUAUAGAAGGUGGUCAAUGCCUACCACACAGCGGACAAGUAACCAGUGGAGGUUACUGGAGUGGACCGACCCUGAAUCAACAGGCUUCAAUGGUUAACAUAAACUCAUCUCAGCAUUCACCCACCAGAGAGCAAGUUCUGAUGGGUACUAGUCCCCUUUUGACAUCACUCUGGACUAACAAUGCAGCGGCUGCUCAAUCAACUGGUGUUACAUCACAAAGUGGAAACCAUCACACCUUGCCCGUAAGGGUUAACAGUGUAGCUCAUCCCACUUUCCAGCAGGGACAGGGGUUUUUGGGUGUUAAAAAUAGCAAUCCACAGAGGCUUGUUAAGGAUGGUCAGGGUGCAACCAUUCACUGCCCCCCUCAUAUUAAUUCACCACUGAAUACAAAUGUUAUGCAUCAUCUAAGCCCAGUGAGUGGCAGUCAGCAGCUUGUACUUGGCAGACAAGAUGGGGCCUCCAGUGGUACCUCUGCUUCUCUUGCAAUGGGUAGGAGCCCCAACCAUGUAAAUCAUGUAGUGGGUGGGCAGGAUUCAAGAAGGAUAGCAGUUCAAGCUCCUCAUCAGGGAAACCCACAAACACCAAACUCUUUGCAAAGUGCACAGGAAACAACAUAUAACCAACUGUUGUAUUUAUAUCAAAAUCAGAACAAUGACAGCAGGACUGAGAUGAACAGGGCUCAACAUGGAGCACCUGUCCACACUGGCUCAUCAAACCACAGUCAGAUGUAUCCCUCUCAACUUCUCACUGGCAGCAACAACCAGGUCAAUGUGCCAAAUGCUGCAGUGGGAAUGCCAAUGCAUAACAUUAGCCAGAAUCCUCAAUACAAUGUACAAAGUACAAUGUAUAACCCCCCUUUUAGUAAUUCUCCAAGACAUGGCCCCAUCUGCCCUAAAAGCCUUCCCAUCCCACCACAACAAAACAGACUCCCAUCUUAUUAUGCAAAUAAUAACAGUCAGUUCUGGCCCACUGGAAAUAAUGCACACCAUGCCUCUCAUCCUAAGCUCCAUAUCCAAGGCACAGGCCCUAACCUACAUUACAAGCCAGACUGCACCAAUGUUCUGGUAUCCAACACUGGACCAUCUCCAUCUGUGCCAAACUAUAGUAUACAGUCCUCAGUCCAGCACAACCGUGAAACCGCGCCUCCACCAUACCCAGUCCAGCAGAUGCGUAAGUCCGCGCCUCCACCAUACCCAGGCCAGCACUCCCAUGGACCCGUCCUGAACAAGACAGAACAUGUGGUUGGGGCAGGAGCACAUUUUCUGCAACACUUGCCUAACCAAGGCACAGCCCCUACCCUACAUCACAAGCCAAAAAACAAUUAUGUUCAGUUAUCCAACACUGGACCAUCUUCAUCUGUGACAAACCAUGGUAUGCUGUCUUCAGGCCAGCGAAACUGUGAGUCUGUGACUCCGUCACACCCCAUAAGACAGGGCUAUUACAUAACAGUAACAGAGGACGAAAGUGGAAAUGGAUUUAGAACAGAAAAUUGUAUUUUAGAUAAACCUAAUGAAAGUGCUCUGGUCCCGCAAGGAUCAUCUCCAAGUAAUGCCCCCUCUGUUCUUACGGCACAGAAGGCCAUUGCAGUUGUACAACCACUAUCGCAGUGUAUGCAGACAAACACACAUAUAAAUGUGGCUGAUAAAAUCUUCUUGACCACCCAAGCUAUGUCUUUCUUAACAGGUGUCGGAAAUGUGAGCAACCCUGGGGAACAGUCUUGUGUCCAAAGUCCAUCACAAGACCAAACAACCCUUGCUCUAUCUGCUUCUUUGACAAAUGAAUCAGAACAAGAAGUCCCCAGGAUCAGACUAGAAUCAGGGGCUGAUGAAACAUUGACUGAGGAAACGAAUGAAAAAGUCGAUUCCGAUGAGGACAUUUUUGAUUUGUCCUCCAUUCCUGUAAUCAAAUGGACCCUUGGUAAAUUGAAGGAGUUGGUAGAUACUGUGCAACAUCAAAAAUGCACUGCCACACCUGUUGAAAGCAAAAUACUAAGCCUCUAUUGGGAUGGAGAUGGGCCAAAGCUUAUGGAUGCUGCAAGAUCUGGUAUGUUACAAAAUAUAAUGCAAGAGGUUAGAUCUGUGUGUGGCGACGAUGAUGAUAUUUCAUCACAGUCUGUCAUAUUUUCACAAGCCAGGCACAAAAACUGGGGUCAAGUUGAAGAGAAAUGUGCUAUUCUUAAACAUGACUCUGUUCACCCCGAGUUCCCGGCGCAAGAGUCAUCAUGGUUGAACACAAAUAAGCAGCUUGAUGACAUAGACAAGGAGUUUGGAUUCCCAUGGUCACUAAGAUAUGACCAAAAGACUCUUCAAAGAGGAGAUGAACAACCAAAACUGAUUUGUACCGAAAAUGAAAAAUCUACAGCCUCUGAAAAUGACAUGCAGACUGAGGUGACUCAGGCGAAGAGACUAACACCCUCUGAUUCUGAUGCUAAAGAAAUUCAAGGGUCAGGUUUGGCACACAGUUCCACCCAGACCCUCUCACUGGUUAAGAGAGAAAAAGCAGGUAUAAUUUUUAGUGACCCAUUUUCCUCCCUGGAGAUCAACGUGCUGACACCAGAAGAGGCUUUGCAGUUUUUCAGUGGGCAGCUACUACAAGAUGAAGUGAACGAAGACCUGUUGGAAUUGCCAAUGGAAAUGGAUGCGGAGCUGAUUGAGUUGAAAGAUUACUCAGUGGAGGAUAAAUCAUCUGAGAGGGUAGAUGUGAAGUUGACUGAUUUAAAACUCAAAAACAAAAGGGAAGUCCAAUCAGAAGAUUACUGUUGCCUCUCUCGUUGGAUGGCAGUGUUCAGUGGGUCCACCAAUUCUUCGUCCUGCAAAUGCCAAUACAAGACGAAAUUGGCUUCAGCAAAGGCCACUGUGAAUGCGACGGCAUUGGUUGAGGUAACGUUGUCUGUUGAACCCAGCACAACAAAAGCAGAACAAAGGGAAUGUGUGCAUUUGUGUAAAUCAAAUGGCACAGCAGAAGAAAAGAGUGACGAGAAUCCUGUAAAAAAUGUGAAUCCUCAAUCUUGGAAAUCUUCAGGUAUUGAAGAAUGCCAAACAAUUGUCUUGCCUGAUAGAAAAUCUGAGACUGCUCGCAUAUACACAAAUGGGGUGAAGAGCUUGCCUUUGUCAAAAGCCCCAGCACUGCAACUCCCCAUCAACCACACAAACAUUGUUGAAAUUGAAGAGGUCUUCUCGCGUUAUGAAGACUUAAUCAAAGUAGCCACCUCAAUGUCGGAGCUAGUUUGGGAUGAUGUACAGCCAAAGCAGAAACUACCAGGUCCGUUCCAGAAACAUGUGGAAUGUGUACAAGAACUUGGUGUCAUUUUGGAAGAAGGAAACCCUAGAGGUAGUGAAGUCGUUCCUACAGUUCCCAUUCCUACUUCUAAUCUGCAACCUGAAGCAACAGACAAAAUUAGUUUCCUUACAUCACUUUCCUUGGCACAAAGAUGUCACAAACAUCUCUCUCCUAAAACAAAUUGUAGCUACAAGGUUAAACAAAAAGGGGUUGGACUCAAGAGAAUAUGUGUUGAAAGUCUUCAUUCAAAUUUGCCUGUCCCAAGAAAGCAAAGGAAAAUGAGGGAUGGAUUAGGUCCCUCCUUUCACCUUGUUCCUGAGGUCAACUUGACUGAUGAUGAAGAUUUUGAGCCCCCCAAUACAACUACUCCUAAGUCUUUGGAAGAAGAGAAACAUUCAAAAGGUAGCAAUCUCCAGAAGCCAACGGAACAUGGAAUUGGGAACAACAUUUGGAGGGUUGGCACAGUAAGUCUAGCCUUGUUUGGUUCCGCGCUCCAACGCAAGGACCAUAAUGCUUCUCGAGCCAGACCUUUUGCAGACAAUGCUCCAGCACCUCCUGUAACCCUCAGUGUGAAUGUCAACUCCUGGACAACAGAGCCCUCCGAGACCAGUCCUCCAGUGGAAAGCCCAAUCAAACAAUGGAUUUUAAACGAGUGGAAUAAUAGUUUUAUCCCGACAAAGACAAAGUCCAGGGGCAAAGUGCCAAGACUACAAAACAGAAGAGGCGUUGCUCCAAAAAUUAUUUGUGCUGAAAUGGCUAAAAAGAUUGUUGCCCUCACCAACACAGAUAGAGGGGCAUUAUCCUUUGAAAGGCGAGCCACACCAGAACGAACUGUAAAGGCCAAGCAGACUUUGCGGCGCAUUGAAAAAGAAAGAAUCUUAAGCGGCCUGAAACUCAGACUGAAGAAAUCUAGGAUUGAGGCAGUGCCAUCCGGUAUCCCUGAUAUAGUGGAAAAAGGUAAAUAUGAGAUCGGAAACCCUGCUUCUUUGCCUCAUGAGGAGAACAGUCUUAUGUUUAGUGUGCUGCCGGAGUCGUUCAACUUCAAAGAAAUCAUGGACCCUCCUACACAGACGGGUUCAAUGAAUGACAUGGCUGGUCCGGUUGCUGCGAAGGCAGAGAAUCCUAAGGCAAUAGUCCAAAAAUCCAAAGGUGUAUGGUCUGUUGGCAUUCAGAAGAGAUAUUGUCCUCUCACCUCUUUGACCACUAAAGUUCCCAAGUCUUCCUCCACCACCUUCCAGAAGUUUCAGAAGAAAUUCAAGCAGCAGAAGAAGUAGGCCUGGCAGCUGACUCACAACAAAUUGUAUUGCUUCCAGUUAUGGACUGGGGGAGUGGAGUGAGGACUGUUGGAUGACAAUCUGAUUCUUGUAACUUGUUUCCCAUGGAAAUGUUUUUUUUAUUUUUUUAAAUGACAAAUGUUCAUAACCAAUGUAUAUUCUUUGAGAAUGCAGAAAUUGACCUCAUUGUGGUAAGGUUGGGCAGCUCAUAAUACAGUUAUUAUUUACUGUAGUUGGAGUUUACAUUCUUAAGUGACUGAGAACUUAUCUGACAGUGUCCUCUCUACCUCAGGCCUGACAGGUGUUGGUUACACUUUUCUUGGCUCUGUUAUUUACUUAACAAAUAAGGAACACUCAAUGUGCACUUAAAUCAGAACAAUUUUAAUCAAAAUACAGCUGUAGACAGAAGUCAAGCAUCACACAUACAACUGAUGUCUCUCCUGAGUUCUGCCAAAUAGAAGUCCAAGUUGCUUUUAAUAUGCUUGCAGUCAACCCUUAGUGAUGUAAAUGUCUCAUGAGAAGAAGGUAAUGACGUAGACAAAGCCUAUGCAUACACAGCUAUUCAAACAAUAGUUCCAGUGUUAUCUAAAGGCUCAGCAGUAAAUGUCCACUCCCCAAGUUGAUUUAUGGUGGUAUGUCUUGACUCGUCUCUUAUCUCUUUCACUCCCCUGCAGGGUUCUGUGUCUAUGAAUCUCUUAUCUUUGAGGCACUUUCUCACAGACACCUUGUUUGACUGCAAUAACUCACAUCUCUCAGACCGUUUCUUAUAAGAAGCAGAGACUAGAAAAUAACUGGAACAAUAUUACACCUUAUAAUGCAUAUAUAUUGUUAAUCUGUAGUCUAGGACCCUAUAAAUGUAAGGGGGAGGGCUCCUAUAACCCUUUCCCUUCUAUUAAUACAACAUAAGCAUAACCAAUUAUUAUAGUAUAUCAAACAUUUGGUGCAGCCCCUAUCAUGACCCCAAGUUGACCCCAUCACAGGCAACAUUGUGAAACUUAAUCUAAUUUAAAAACCCUAAACUAAAGUUUUGUGUGUCAUUGGAUGGCUUUUUUUAAUGUUUAUUUUCUUGUCAGUGUUGUAGCUGACAUUUUUGGGGGGUAAACAGUAUUUUAUUCAAACCUCAUGUUUACUGUUUUGAAUGCAUCACAGAAUGUGAACUAUGCAAAAUUGACUGCGGUUUGUAUGAAUUUGUAAGAUAUCAUUCUGCCCACCUCUCUACUGUUCCCUUUUACAAUCUUAUAAUAAGUGGGUACCUUACCAAUCGUUAUUUUUCUGGCGUUUUAAAUCUAUUCCGUUUGUUGACACGGGAUGAACAGUAUUGUAUGAUUUAGAGAUACUAAGCCAGCUGAAACAAGGUUGCUUUGCAGUAUUCUGGAUGCAUAUAGCAGGAAAACUGUGUGUUUGUUCUACCUAGUGUUAUUUCUUUAUGUUGGUGUAUGUUAUUUGUUUCUAAAUAUUUUUGUACACAUAAAAAUAUAUUGUCAGCAGCAUCCUUCACUUGGCUCUUGUUGAUUUUAUAGGGGACUAAAGUAAGAUGGGCAGGGUGCAUUCUUACCAGAGGUGUCUUGGUUAGGUGUGAAUGCUAACCCUUUUUAUGGUUAAAAGAAGGCUAUAUAGACUAUAUAAAGUGUAGUACUGGGAUGCAAACUCAAAAUGUAAUACAUUUCUAAUCUGCAAUUCUAAAUAUCUGACAUGGUACACGUGUGUUUUAUUUUUUUUAAGCCCAUAACCAUGUGUGUGAGGUGUUUACUUUUGUUUCAAAGUUAAUCAUCUCUAAACACCAGUCUCAACAUCAACAGUGAAGAGGCGACUCCAGGAUACUUGCCUUCUAGGCGGAGUUGCAAAGAAAAAGCCAGAUCUCAGACUGGCCAAUAAAAAUUUAAUAUUAAAGAUGGGCAAAAGAACACAGACACUGGACAGAGGAACACUGCCUAGAAGGCCAGCAUCCCGGAGUCUCCUCUUCACUGUUGACGGUGAGACCGGUGUUUUGUGGGUACUAUUUAAUGAAGCUGCCAGUUGAGGACUUGAGGCGUCUGUUUCUGAAACGAGAUACUCUAAUGUACUUGUCCUCUUGCUCAGUUGUGCACCAGGGCCUCCCACUCCUCUUUCCAUUCUGGUUAUAGCCAGUUUGCGCUGUUCUGUGAAGGGGUAGUACACAGCGUUGUACGAUAUCUUCAGUUUCUUGGCAAUUUCUCACAUGGAAUAGCCUUCAUUUCUCAGAACAAGGAUAGACUGACGAGUUUCAGAAGAAAGUUAUUUGUUUCUGGCCAUUUUGAGCCUGUAAUUGAACCCACAAAUGCUGGUGCUCCAGAUACUCAACUAGUCUAAAGAUGGCCAGUUUUAUUGCUUCUUUAAAUCAGCACAGGUUUUCACCUGUGCUGACAUAUUUGCAAAAUGGGUUUUCUAAUGGUCAAAACGCUCCAAAAGUGGCAGUAUCGUUAGAUGCUGAAAAAAAUAUUUGGAGUAGAAUGGCCAUAUGUGGUGGCUGUCUUAAAAAAGUAGUUUUUUUGUCUGUUAUUUUGUUGUUGGAUUGAGCUAUUGUAUCAUCAUGUAAGUUAUCAAGGGAGACAAGGAUGCUGUCUGUCGUUAUCUAUUUGCUUUAGCCACAGAACACAACGCCGCUGUUGCCACCGUUGCAGGAACAAUCCAUCACAGCUGCUUACUGCCAGAGGCCAACCAACAGGAUACAUCCAGACAGACUGGACGCAAGCAAGAAGUGUGGGAGCUAGUGUAAUAUAUUAUUGAUAGGCUGGGCAGAUGCUAUACUGAAGUAGCAAGGCCAUAAGCGCGAAGGCCAAUACCCAAGAGUACAUUAAGCUGAACAUAAGUGCAAAGGCCAAAGCCAGAAGCACUUAGGACACCAGGACAAAUCAAUACUAGAAGGACACACCAAGGAGAGUGCUUGCCAACGGACCAACAGAUGGGAUGAUAGAUAUAUAUUUUUGGGGGCGACAUGAAAGGGUCCUGCCACCAUUAUAAACUAACCAAAAGCAGAGAUGGGUGUGAACAAGCAAGAAACUUGAACUAAAAGAUAAUGGUGGCAGAAGGACUGAGGGAAGGAACUGCAUUUGCAUGUGGGAUAGACUGAUAUGCUGAAUGUGUAUAAAAGCAGGGCCAGUGCUCAAGGAAAACGGUUAUUCCGCAGACCAGCACGGCCUAUGAUACCCUUGAAUUCACAAGUUCUUGUAAGUGUCAUAUUUCUAAGACAAUUUCCACCACAGAAGACAUAUGGAACCAUUAUCGUUGGAAUUAUGUUAUGUGAGAUCGAAUGCAUAACAUGAGUGAACUGGUGCGGAUCUCAAAGAUGAUUUUUUUUAACCUUUAUUUAACAUGGCAAGUCAGUUAAGAACAAAUUCUUAUUUUCAAUGUCGGCCUAGGAACAGUGGGUUAACUGCCUGUUCAGGGGCAGAACGACAGAUUUGUACCUUGUCAGCUCGGGGAUUUGAACUUGCAACCUUUCGGUUACUAGUCCAACGCUGGCUACCCAUGAACAUAUGGAAAUAUUCAUUCAUUUUUUAAAAUUGUUUUUUUUACUUCGACACAUGAAAUGUACUGUAUCCAAAGUAACCAUGUGAUUUAAUAUUGCAUGUUAUCUAUAUCAGAGGAGGCUGGUGGGAGGAGCUAUAGGAGGGUGGGCUCAUUGUAAUGGCUUGAAUGAAAUAUAUGGCAUGGAGUCAAACAUUGUUUCCAUGAGUUUGUUUUUGGUACCAUUCCAUUGAUACCAUUCCCAUUACAAUGAUCCAUUCCUCCUAUAGCUACUCACACCAGCCUCCUCUGGAAUAUAUUUAUAUAGCAAGCUAAACAUUUCUCCCUACUGAAAAGCCAAUUCUGACGUGUUUUACGAAACUAAUAAAAAUUGCCUCUGGCCUGCGUUGAAACGGC